UUUUAAACUCGCUUCGUUAGUAAGACUACGUUUCACAAAUCAAGAGAAACCUCAUCUGAAGUACAACGUUCAUUUUGAGCAGACGCAAGCAUAAAAUGGAAGGUCUUCGUGUGGUGAUUGCUGGGCCCACAGGUUCAGGCAAGAGUGCAGCGGGAAAUGCCAUCUUUGGACGCAGUGUAUUCACUUCUGCUGCUGGUUCCUGCACUGUCACCCAGGCGUGUGAAAGCGCCGAGGAGGAAGUGGAGGAUGUCGGGAAGCUCCUGAUCGUCGACACACCGAGUCCAUUGAGUCCGGGACAGAGGAGGCGAUGCCUCCAGCUGUGUGCUCCAGGCCCUCACGCGUUCCUGCUGACGCUACGUGUGGGCCGCUACGAUGAAGAAGACCGGAACCAGGUUGAGAGUCUGGAGAAAGUGUUUGGAGAAGCGAUGUAUAAUUUCACCACAGUUCUUUUCACACACAGGGACAAUAUGGAGAUGACAGGGGAACGGUUGCAGGACCACAUCGAAAAUGCCAACCCCCACCUCAAAAGCCUGCUGGAGAAGUGUGGGCAGAGAUACCACGUAUUUGACAAUAGGAAAAAAGAUGACAGAAAACAAGUGAAAGAACUUGUGAAAAUAGUUGAUGAAAUGGUACAGGCUAACGGUGGUAAGCACUACGAGAGACCCCCAUCGCCCUAUGUGAAAAUCAUAUCAGUGUGUACCCUGUUCUCAUGUGCAGCUCUUCUGAGAUGCCUGUGGACAUACUGGAAUAACGUAGACGAUGUCAGGCCCGUCUUGUUUUCUGGAACUGUCUUUGGGAUAGGAAUUAUAUGGCUGGUGAAGAAAACAUUAAAAUACUGACCUCUGUGCAAUGAU